AUGAUACCACAAUAUCGUUCUCAUGAAGUUGUCGAUGAAAUGUCAACGAUCAGCAAACGUAUUGAAGAAGAAUGCGAAGAAUUUGAUAGUGAUAUAAAUUUACUUGUUUUAAGCAAAGAUUUACAAGGAAAAGGUUAUGAACGUUUGUUAAUGGAGCGUUAUGUAGAAUCUUGUAAAAAUGAAAAAAACAUAAAAAGUAUUUUUGUUUGGAGUGAUAUCGGCUGCAAUUAUAAAUUUUAUGAACAUAAUGGUUUUCGUUUAUACAAACAGUUUUACGAUGAUCGACUUACGACACAUGAGGAUAAUAGAGAAGAUAAACCAAAUGCAUUUAUAUAUUACAAAAUCUUAACAUAA